UCGGCCGAGAAUGGUGGCCGGCUUCCUUCCGCUUUGCUAAGGGGCCGGAAGUGUAGUCUUCGGCGGGUCCGAGAGUUGGAGGGGUGUUUGCUUGGUUAGUGAAAGAUUCUGCGGGAUCUCUGAAGUGUUUGGCUUCUCGUGUGCGUGCUGGGAUUUAACUGCCACCAUGUCGAGCAAAAGGGCAAAGACCAAGACCACCAAGAAGCGCCCCCAGCGCGCAACAUCCAAUGUGUUUGCCAUGUUUGACCAGUCACAGAUUCAGGAGUUUAAAGAGGCCUUCAAUAUGAUUGAUCAGAACAGAGAUGGUUUCAUUGACAAGGAAGAUCUGCAUGAUAUGCUUGCCUCCCUGGGGAAAAAUCCAACUGAUGAAUAUCUGGAUGCUAUGAUGAAUGAAGCUCCAGGUCCCAUAAAUUUUACCAUGUUUCUCACAAUGUUUGGUGAGAAGUUAAAUGGUACAGAUCCAGAAGAUGUCAUCAGAAAUGCCUUUGCUUGCUUUGAUGAAGAAGCUACUGGCACCAUUCAGGAAGAUUACCUGAGAGAACUGCUGACCACAAUGGGAGAUCGGUUUACAGAUGAGGAAGUGGAUGAGCUGUACAGAGAAGCACCUAUUGACAAAAAGGGAAAUUUCAAUUACAUUGAGUUCACACGCAUCCUCAAACAUGGAGCAAAAGACAAAGAUGAUUGAAGAGAAGGGCAGUUUCUUACCAAUAGUUACUUGUUGCUACUCUGGGUAUUUCUGAGACUUUCUCCUAGAGCCUUUUGCAUGUCCUUAGCAUUUUAGCUUUUGCCUUUCUUAUUGUAUUUAUUCUCAGCCAUUUUGGGCAAAUGCAUCUCUUAUAAUCAGACUGGAAAUAAGACUUCUUGUCAUUUACAGAAUAGAAAAUAGGGUAAUUUAAUUUACCAACCCCCUUUCCCAAAAUAACUGCAUUGUACACAGAGGCAAUAUAUUUUUUCAGAAAAGUUAUCAACUCAAUUUUUUCUGAACUUUAAUUAAACUUUAUGAUAAAAA